AUGGCGGGCGUCUGCGACGCGGCCGCCCCGGGAGAAGGCGGCGGUGGCGGCGCGGACGGCCCCGAGCGGACCAGCCGCGGCGAGGCGGAGCAGCCGGGCGGUGGCGGCCACGGGCCGGCGCCUCAGCACACCGAGACGCUGGGCUUCUACGAGAGCGACCGGCGGCGGGAGAAGCGCCGCGGCCGCGCAGAACUUUCAUUACUGAGGUUCCUCAGUGCGGAGCUGACAAGAGGGUACUUCCUCGAGCAUAACGAGGCCAAGUACACAGAGCGGAGAGAGAGAGUGUAUACUUGUAUGCGGAUACCAAGAGAAUUGGAAAAGCUCAUGUUCUUUGGAAUUUUCCUGUGCCUCGAUGCCUUUCUGUAUGUGUUCACCCUGCUUCCUCUGCGAGUCUUUCUGGCACUCUUCCGGUUCUUCACGCUGCCUUGCUACGGCUUAAGGGACAGGCGUUUGCUUCAGCCUGCACAGGUGUGUGACGUUUUGAAGGGUGUCAUUUUGGUGAUGUGCUAUUUCAUGAUGCACUAUGUGGACUACUCCAUGAUGUACCACCUGAUCAGAGGGCAGUCUGUCAUCAAGCUCUACAUCAUCUACAACAUGCUAGAGGUAGCCGAUCGUCUGUUCUCCUCAUUUGGACAAGAUAUCUUAGAUGCUCUCUACUGGACAGCCACAGAGCCUAAGGAAAGAAAAAGAGCACACAUCGGAGUAAUUCCUCACUUCUUCAUGGCUGUCCUCUACGUCUUUCUACAUGCCAUUCUCAUCAUGGUUCAGGCGACGACUCUCAAUGUAGCGUUUAACUCCCACAAUAAGUCGCUGCUCACUAUCAUGAUGUCUAACAAUUUUGUCGAGAUUAAAGGAAGUGUUUUCAAGAAGUUUGAGAAGAACAAUCUCUUUCAAAUGUCAAACAGUGAUAUUAAAGAACGAUUCACAAAUUAUGUGCUUUUACUAAUAGUGUGCUUAAGAAACAUGGAACAGUUUUCUUGGAAUCCAGAUCAUCUCUGGGUGUUAUUUCCCGAUGUCUUUAUGGUGAUUGCGUCAGAAAUUGCUGUGGAUAUUGUGAAGCACGCCUUUAUCACCAAAUUCAAUGACAUCACUGCAGAUGUCUACAGUGAAUAUAGAGCCAGCCUUGCUUUUGACCUUGUUAGCAGCCGACAGAAAAAUGCAUAUACAGACUACAGUGACUCAGUAGCACGGAGGAUGGGCUUUAUUCCUCUCCCGCUAGCUGUCUUACUCAUCAGAGUUGUAACAAGCUCAAUUAAAGUACAAGGAAUCCUGUCCUAUGCCUGUGUCGCACUCUUCUAUUUUGGGUUGAUCUCUCUGAAAAUACUUAACAGCAUUGUGCUAUUGGGGAAAUCAUGUCAAUAUGUGAAGAAAGCCAAAAUGGAAGAGAAGCUAUUUAAUCCUCCCCCAGCCAGCACCCCCGGAAAACCCUCCAGUAAAUCCCAGAGCAGGUGCAAGUCCUCUCAAGGCCUUUCCACAGAAGAAAACUUGUCUGCUUCUGUCACCAGCCAGCCUGUUCAUCAGAAAGAAAAUGUCAUACCCUUACUUGUGACCAGCAAUUCUGAUCAGUUUCUGACAACGCCAGAUGGUGAUGAGAAGGACAUAACACAGGAAAAUUCUGAAUUAAAACACAGAUCCUCAAAGAAAGAUUUGUUAGAGAUAGACAGGUUCACAAUUUGUGGGAACCGGAUUGACUGAAUGUGUGGCUAAUGAGGUGAAGAUGCCGGGCCCUGGGGCCACAAAUGCUGGACACCAGGACACACUUGCUAAAAAUGGCACUUAAAUAUUUAUUUAAAAACUUAAAUUAUUAAUGGCAAGCAAAUCUUAGUAUCUUUUCUUCCAGUAAUGUGGCCUGGCAGAAGGACAGAUCACAGAACAGCGCCGGCCUCUGGCCUUGACUAUGGGACACUGAUGGACGGUGAACACUUCCUCCUGCUUGGCCAGG